AUGCGCUUGUUCCAGCUCCUGUUCAGGGCCAGCCCUGCCACCCUGCUCCUGGUUCUCUGCCUGCAGUUGGGGGCCAACAAAGCUCAGGACAACACUCGGAAGAUCAUAAUACAUAAUUUUGACAUCCCCAAGUCAGUACGUCCAAAUGACGAAGUCACUGCAGUGCUUGCAGUUCAAACAGAAUUGAAAGAAUGCAUGGUGGUUAAAACUUACCUCAUUAGCAGCAUCCCUCUACAAGGUGCAUUUAACUAUAAGUAUACUGCCUGCCUAUGUGACGACAAUCCAAAAACCUUCUACUGGGACUUUUACACCAACAGAACUGUGCAAAUUGCAGCCGUCGUUGAUGUUAUUCAGGAAUUAGGCAUCUGCCCUGAUGAUGAUGCUGUAAUCCCCAUCAAAAACAACCGGUUUUAUACUACUGAAAUCCUAAAGGUAGAAUAA